AUGUACUCAUACAACAAGUUUGGUUCAAGAGCUUCAACAUCCACAUCAACCAAGAAAUCAUUAUCAUCCUCACAAACGGUCACCACUAAAUCAACAAAGUUAACAUCUUCAGAUAAAGCAAAGAAGGAUGCGAAGGGGGUUUUGCAGCCCAUUGAUUACAACAACCAUUACAUUCAUUCAGGUGAGUACGCUACGAGAUUCAUUCGCAAUGUCAUCAAUCCACUUGAUGGGUAUCCCAAAUUGAAUAAACUACACGAGUUAAAGCGACAACAAGUUGAAAAGCAUGCAACAAAGGCAUUUGGUGUUCGUUGUUCCACUGACAAGAUUGUUCCUACAUUAAAUAAUUGGAUCGAGAAGCAUAACCUCAAAUUUGAUGUGAUAAUGAUUGGUGCUUUAGUCGAUAACCAAUUCAUACUCCCAGUAUUGAACACCUUACCGAUCUACAAGUUGUGUUCAAAGCCUGGGUUCUUAUUUAUAUGGUCAACAACGCAGAAAAUUCAGCAGUUGACUAAAUUGCUCAACAACGACAACUUUAACAAAAAGUUUAGACGAUCAGAGGAACUCAUAUUCUUGCCAAUCAACGACAAGUCACCUUACUAUCCGCAUGUGGCUAAUACAGCCGAAGAGAAGUCGUUGUUCGAAAAACAACAAUGGCAUUGCUGGAUGUGCAUCACCGGUACUGUUAGAAGAUCAACCGACAACGAUUUGAUCCAUUGUAAUAUCGACACCGACUUGCAGAUCGAAAGCCCUUCAACCGUUACAAAACAUGGUCGCAAUGCAUGUCCGGCACAAAUUUACCAAGUCGCUGAAAAUUUCUCCAAUUCCAAUAGAAGAUUGCAUAUAAUUCCAUCGAAAUUGGGUCCUGAGACUCACGUCAAGUUACGGCCUGGGUGGGUUGUACUUGGUCCAGAUGUUUUGAUCAACAACUUUGACCCUGAAACAUACAAUGAUGAAUUGCAUGCUAAAUCGGUCAUCAAGUAUAAACAAAACGUUACUGGUGCAAACACAAGUUUAUCGGCUCAAUUUUUAGUACCUCAAACAAGUGAGAUUGAGGACUUGAGGCCAAAGAGUCCAGUCAUAUCGCCUAAGUAA